CCAGAGAAUCGCGCGGGGUGCCAUGUCCACCGUCCUCUUCGAUUAUGCCGUCAUGCGAACAUGCACCUGAAGGCAUCACAUUCGACCUAGACGACACCCUAUGGUGCGGCAAGGAGACCCUGCAGAAGGCCACCCACGCCUUCCACGACCACCUGGAGCGUUCGUAUCCUCUGAUCACUCAAUCACUGUUUCAAUCGACAUGGACCAACGUGCUGUCUUCGACUGACCUGCGAGACUUUACUGCACUGCGGCAGGCCACUUUGAAGCAGUGCGCCGAAAGCGUCAACUACAACGCAGACGACGUUGUAUCGACGUCCAUGCGCGCGUUCUUGGCCGCGCGGAGCUCGCCGACGUUGUUUGACGGCGUCGAAGCCCUCCUCCAACGUCUGCAGGCACGACAGCUCCGACUUGGCGUGGUGACAAACGGCAAUUGUCAGCUUGAGUACCUCCCAUGUGUCCUUCAAUCAGCUUUUCAACGUGCCUGGGUGGCCCCUGAUUCUGUCCACGGACACAGCAAACCACAUCGCGGUAUACUUGAAUGGCGACGUACUUUGCUAAGUGUGAACUGUAGCCUUAUUCGACAAAGCGCUGUCAUUGCUCGAGCUUGAUGCGUCCAAGGUGGUGCACAUAGGCGACGACUACGUGUGCGACAUCACUGGCGCGAAAAGUGUAAGUUGAACCUUGGAGUUGCUCAGGAAAGUUCGUGUGCGGUGUAGGUUGGCAUGCGCACUAUUUGGGUCACUUCAGAACGAGAAGUAGAUGUAUCCGCGUACCCCAGUGCGGAUGCUAUCGCCAACAACAUUGUUGACAUUUCCAACGUGCUGCAGUCGUGGUUGAACGACGAACUUUAAAUAGUGUGGAUAUAUAUGAUGCCAGCGAGAGUUUUGGUUCCUAUUGUAGCGAAAUCCACAAUCCAUACCGAUGAAUGUCAAAAGUACUAGUAUUAGUUAUGUCCAAAUAUUGUAUUCCAUGGC